GCUUAAUUGUGUUGUUGAUAAACACCAAAUGGCGAGCUCCUUGAACCGCAUGAACGAACGAAGCUCCACGCUAAACGAAAUGGCGACAAAAGCUCAAUUAACUUGUAUUCUUCACUUAGAUAGUGUUAAGAACGAAGGCGCAGAACCCUUUACAAAGACAAGAUGGGACAAAUGUCGUGACGUAGCUGAAGAAUGGUUACAGUUGGAUGGAAAUGACCAGUGCAUCGCAGCAUUUUUUGAUACAAAUGGAUUGAUUACAAAAGAUGUUGAAGAUACAGUCGGUAGUGGUUUCGGAUUUCACCCAACGUGCUAUAGACGUUUUACGGACAAAACAAGGCUCUUAAAAGCAAUUAAAAGAUGCGAGAAAAAAGCAAAACUAGAGAGUAAGAAGAAGGCAGCAUCUACAGUCUGUCAAACCGAAACUACAACUGCUAUUAGUAUUACUACGCCCCCUACUACGCCUCCUUCAUCAACUUUAAUUUUAAAAACUAAAAGUGUGUCUCGUUCACCACCUACACCUUCAAUGAUCCCACCAAAGAAAUUAAAAUCACAUCAUCGCGCAGUACUUGUUACUACUAGUACUUCAUCAGAGUUAGGGAAGUCAGUUUUACCAGAUAUCUGUAUAAUUUGCAAGAAAAAAUCCAAGUAUGUUCGAGUUGGGGCCACACAAAAGAGGGACAAUCUAGUCCAGUGCGAAUCAAAAACAGCAGGUUCAUUGCUUCAAGCAGCCGAACAGAAGAAAGAUGAUAGUAUUCUGAAUCACAUUAGAGACAGCGACUGUAUAGCUAUUAAUGUAAAAUAUCAUCGUGUUUGCUAUAAAAAUUAUUGUAGAUUUCUAUUUGAUAAAUCUCCACAUGUCAGUACUGUUAAUGAACAUGAUCAACUCUAUUCUGAUGUCUAUGCUAUGUUUUGUGAAGAUGUGUUACAAAAGAAACUGAUAGAUAAUCAAGAUAUAUUACCGAUGACCAAGUUAACAGAGAUGUUUAACAAUAUGGUUAAAGAUAAAAUUGGUGAAAAUGCAAAGUUUAUCAGGGCUGAUCGAUUAAAAUAUAAAAUAAAGAAAGACUUUCCUCAACUAACAUUCUGUUCUCAACAUAGAAAAAAUUUGAGUGAAUUAGUGUACAUAGAUGCCUUGCCAGUAGAGAGUUUCAUGGACACCCUUCGAUUUUCAACAACUGAAGAGAGAACUGGUACUAAUGAGAGUGAUGUUGACCUUGAUGUUAAUCUGGAAAAGACACUAUUUGAUGCUUCUCUCAUUAUUAAAUUUUUAUUAGCAUGUCCAUGGCCACCAACAUCUUCAGAUCUUAAUUUGUCAUUAGCAGAUAAACCAGGAGUAGCAUGUCCACCACCUGCAGACCUUAAUAUGUCAUUAGCAGAUAAACUAGGAGUAGCAUGUCCAUGGCCACCAACAUCUUCAGAUCUUAAUAUGUCAUUAGCAGAUAAAACAGGAGUAGCAUGUCCAUGGCCACCAACAUCUUCAGACCUUAAUACAUGUAUGUCAUUAGCAGAUAAACCAGGAGUAGCAUGUCCAUGGCCACAAACAUCUUCAGACCUUAAUACAUGUAUGUCAUUAGCAGAUAAACCAGGAGUAGCAUCUUCAUGGCCACCAACAUCUUCAGACCGUAAUAUGAAAAGUGCACGGGAUAUUGUACCUUUGGAACUAUUUAAUUUUAUUUCAUGGGUCACAGGAUCAUCAGAGGAGCCCACCUUAAGUGAAAUGGUGGAUGUUUCAGACUAUAUUAACCCCAAAAUACGAUCUAUAUGUCGAGAUAUAGUCUAUUUAGCAUCAGGUGGCAGAAAAUAAAACUCUUAAAGCACUCAGUCUUGGCUUAACAACAUGGUCCCUGUUUCUCGAAAUCUUAACUAAAGAUAAAAUUCAAAUUUUAGUAGAUACUUCAAUUUUGAUUGGCUAAGCACUAAAAUCAAUCUAAUAUUAUCCAAUCAAAUUACUAAAAUUUGGAUUUUUAUCUUGGUUAAAAAUUUCGUGAAACAGAUCCCAGACAUCUUACCGGUGCAUCACAGUUACUGACAAUAUUACACAAACUUGGCCAUUAUUCAUCAACUCCUACAAUUAUUGGCUUUAUCAGAUAAUAUGUAAUAUCCGGACUGAGGGGAUUUUGUCUGUUUUUAGAAGCCAUGUU